AUGUCUCAUGUUAUCCUUCAGCGUUGUUACACAGGGCAAUUAGGAGAGCGAAUGCGUCUAUUUGGAUGUUCUGCAUCAAGGGGAGGGGAUUUUCUUUUCUCCUCACAUCUUGUCGUCUUGCGUGCCGCCAUACGGGCAGUCAGCAGCAGAAGUACUUGUAGUAGUAUGGCUGCUCCCUGCACUUCCGAUGACUUAAACAGAGAGAUGAGUUCACACCUGACGCCGUUGGAAAUACUGUUUACAUUGGUUUCACCUGGAAUUGCCACCGCCCCGUGUGUGACAACGGUAUCCACACUGUACAGUAACAUGCCAUUCAAACUGGAUGAAGUUAUAGACACGAAGAAACUAAAAUCGCAGGACACCUGCCAGAAUACACAUCGCUGGUUACGAACCCAAUUUGGCACGCUUGCAAAUGGACUGAGGCAGCUGCAUGCCACCAACGGGGUGAGCCACUGGGGAGUGUAUGUUUCACAUGAUGGGGUCUAUGCCGUGAAGGCCUGUAGUGCCGAGGAAUCGGAAGAGGCAUUCUCUACUGCUUGUGCAUCAAGGCUGAACUUAUCCUCCUCUGAAACGGAGUCUCUUCUGGAGGUGUUUAUGCCGGUGUUUCCGAGCUUCGCGCCUCCGCCAUCGCCGUCAGAGCCACACCUGUCGGGAAGCAAGAAGAAGAGGAAGGGCUGCGUGCCAGUGGGCAUGUUCACACCCCAGAUGCUCGUGCCGUAUGUUCCAACAUUCUUUAUUCCCAUGGAGAAACUACUCGCGGAGCUGCCAGAGGGCUACACAGUUGCUCAUAUUGAGCAAAUAUUUGCCGCCACCGGUACACUGGAAAUUGUGACGCUGGAGGGUGAAAAAUUUGUGCGACUGCAUGGAGGAAGGCGUUUGGUGGAUUUCAGACGGGACGCUGCAGGGGAAGUGGCGCACGAGCGAUGGCGGGAAUAUCAACCCGACCCAUUUCUUUGUGAGUCGUUUCGCCGGCUGUUUCCGCCAUCAUCGCGCUGGAUUUCGCUGCGCCAACUUAUCACGGGAGCCCCCGACUCGCUCGUCCGUGCGUUGUUGCCGUGGGAAAAUUACAAGACCCUUCUUUAUUUCUCGCAGAUGCAGCACGUGUUUGGCUUUACACCUGAAGGUGAGGGGGAAUUGUGUUGGGUUGCCCCUGUGACGUGUUUGUCGUAUCAUGACAGCCCUACACCGGCAGUUGUCUCUGAGUUGGUCGGAGUACUGGACGGUCAACGUGUGUGCAUCGCAGAUCUCUUGGCUCAAUCCGCCCACCGCAUCUCCGACCACGCCAAGGCACAGAUCAUCAUGUACUACGGCACCCUCCUGGAGUUCUUCCGGGCCCACGGCGAUGUGUUCUGCAUUGUGGACGACACAAUCGUCGGGGUGGCGUCACCACGGGGCACCGCGGAGAAAACGGCGCAUACGCUCGAGGAGAAACUGGAGGAGGCACUCGUACACCGCAACCGGCGCACCGCCCAGAAACUACGCCGUCGAAUCGCCAUGGAGAAGGACCCGGACAACCCAUACGCCGAUCGAGAUGUACUGCUGGAUGCCAUUCUCCGCUACGUGCCACAAAAACGUUCCAUCUCGUUGAAUUUUCUUCUGAAGUCACUUCCGCCGUCCCUGUCGGACUUCCUUCCAAGCAAGCCGCUCUCCAUCUUUCAGCAGGCGCCGGAUAAAAUACGUGUUUUUGAGUACCGUUACCGCCAUCGCCUGCAUCUGAUCCGUCCAGGUGUGCCGUUACCACCCGGUGUCCUGCGGCAAAACUACACGGAACCGGAACUCCUCUACUUGUGUGCGGCGGAGCUUCAACAACAGCCUCGCACUGCCGUGGACUUGUACGGCCGUCUUCCUCACGGCGCGAAGGAGGUUAUCCGUCAGCAGUACAAGGACAUACUGGAACUCUUGCGGCCAUACCCGCAGUACUUCACAGUGGUGUUCAAAGACGCCUUGCGUCUCGACACCCGCAGCACGAUGAUAACACUCAUUCAAAUGCCCCCAACGGUGGAGCUCAGCGAGGCGGACUACGGUGCUGCGGCACCCGAUGACCCCGUCCUGCGGCAACAAGUUGAAGAAGAGGACAUGGAAGCGAUAAAAACCCUUCCAGAGGAAAUUCGGAACACAAUGCGGGUGGUUGACAGCGAGUAG